GACCCUUGCGCAAAUGUACGCUAGCUUUUUCGCAACGCCGACGAUAGGCCAUUCAUCAUCCACACUCGACCGGAAUGGCGAUCUGUGUCUUUGUCAAAGAAUUACCCUCGGCCGUAACAUGUCGGGAUCCCGCAAUCCUGUAAUGGUAAACUGCGGACAGCCUGAUUCAUUGGCCAUGCACUUGCCGUACCUAGGUAAGGCCUCGGUUGGUUGUGCACCGAUAUUCUCCUGUCUUUUCUUGGAGUACAACAUAUAUAAGAGCCAUAUAAUCGUCCUCUUUGCUUGUAUCAUUACCCAUCAGAAUCCCUUUUAAUACAGACCGUCAGAUAUAAUCGAGCCAUUUCAGCCAUGUCUAUUCAGCCAAUUGAGAUCUGGGGCCACUGGGGCGCUGCCAACCCAUCGAAAGUUCGCAUGGUUCUCGAGCAACUUCAGCUCCCAUACAUAGUCCACCUCAAAGAAUUCACCGAGAUAAAGAACAACGAUUAUCUCAAAAUCAACCCUAACGGGCAACUCCCAGCUAUCAGGGAUCCAAACUCUGGUUUGACGCUUUGGGAGACUGGCGCAAUCAUCCAAUACCUCGUGGAUCAAUACGACACGGAAGGAAAGAUUUCGUACAAGACUUUUCCAGAGAAACACCUCACCCAGCAGUGGCUCGCUUUCGAGACCUCCGGUCAAAGUCCAUAUUUCGCUGAAGCAACAUAUUUCGUCCGCUUCAAUCCCGAGAAGAUCCCUUCCGCAAUCGAUCGCUAUGUGAACGAGAUUCUUCGGGUUACUGGCGUUCUCGACAAGGCUAUCAAAGCUAAUGGCACUGGAUGGCUCGUUGGCAGUAAGAUGACGUAUGCUGACCUUUCAUUCGAGGCAUGGAGCACCAUAGGGGAGGGUUUGCUGAAGCACCUGGGUAAGUGGGAAGGGUUCGAGCAGCAGUUCCCUACAUAUACUGCGUGGCUUGCAUCUAUGAGGUCGUUGGAAUCUGUGAAAGUGGUCGAGGAGGAGGCCGCCCGUGGGAUGGCUGCCCAUGGCCUAUAGAGUCAAAACGUAUACUUCGGGUCACUGUCCGCCUCCGUUAGUAUGGGGUGGCGCGUGGUUCUCAUAACACCAGGAAUUGGUAGCCAACGAUCAAAGUUAAAACGUUCUCUCU